AUGAACUCAAAACUUGCCAGCAUUACUCUGCAAACAUUAUGUAGAUGGAGGUUUCGAUACAUUGCUACAAAAACAGCCCACACAGAGCUAGAAUCAAGAACUCUUGUUCGCGAUACUGGUCCAGAUUUAACAACUUUUCUGCAGGAGAAGCUAAAUGCCCAGCUUCCAAAUCAAACCAGCAAUAAUGGUGCAUCCAUAUACAAGGUUCCAGAUCGUUUACGUUCUGUGGAACCCAAAGCUUAUGAACCCAAUAUCGUGUCUAUUGGCCCUUACCAUCACGGUGUAGAUCAUUUGCGAGCUAUGGAGAGCACGAAAUGGAAUUUCUUUCAUCGCCUUUUUGAUCCUAGAAAACCAGACAGGCCUAACUUAGAUGCAGUAGUUGGUGGGCUAGAAGAAGUGGAACAGAAGGCUCGUGGCUGUUAUUCGGAAGAUUUGAGCACAAUUAGCAGCCAGAAGUUUAACCAAAUGAUGCUUAUUGAUAGUUGUUUCAUCAUACAGCUUUUAAGAGAAACUAAAGAGAUACACUUUAGUAAAAAGUCUAGUCAUAUAAAAAGAUGGAUGUUGCCCGUCCUCCAACGUGAUCUGAUCAUGCUCGAAAACCAGCUCCCUUUGUUUGUUUUGAACAAAGUAUAUGACUUGACAAGUUGUAGAGAUAAAGAAAACAUGGGUUUGAAAGAACUUGCACUUAAGUUCUUUGAAUCCAUGAUUUACAGAGAUUUGGAUACUCCAAAUAACAAUUCUUUAGGUGGAAAAGGAUACACUGGAGAUCACUUUCUUGAACUCUUACGAGCCAGUAUUUGUCCCACUGAAGUUAAUCAAAAGAAAUUUGCUAUUAAGGAACCACAUAUGUUUCGCUCGAUCACUGAUUUGAAGGAGUCUGGUGUUAAACUUAAAAAGGCCGAGAAAUGUCAACCAUUAGAUGUUAGCUUUAAAAAGGGUAUUCUAAAGAUUGCUCCGGUGAGCAUGGAUGACUACAAGUUCACAGUGUUUCGAAACAUGGUGGCUUAUGAACAAUGUCAUUUUGGCUGCAAACCACAUGUAACAGCUUAUAUAUUCUUCAUUGAUAGGCUGAUAAAUUCUGCAGAGGACAUAGAAUUGCUGCAUUAUGCAGGCGUUAUGCAGCAUACUCUUGGUGGAAAUAAAAACGCUGCACGACUUGUGAACAAGCUUUGUAAAGAGGUUGCAGGGGCAGAAGAUGACUCGUAUUUACACAACGUUCUUUGGAAAAUUAACUGCUACUGCAAUGAUGGUUGGAAUCAGAAGAGAGCAAAACUGAAACACGAGUAUUUUUACAAUGUAUGGGUAUCACUCUCUACUAUUGCAGCUAUUGUAUUGAUCUAUCUUGCCAUAGUUCAAACAGUUGCAGCCCUUGGAGAUGAUAAGGCACAAGCUCAUAUCAAUGAAAAUGGAUUUUGGUUUACGUUUGCAGACACUUUCACUGUACCAUAUAGUGGUGUUAAGCCCCGUAAGAGCUCGUCCAGGCCAGAGAUUGAUCAAUACGUUCAAUUGUUCUUUGGUCCUAAAGUACGCGACGACAUUAAGCCUUUCUACUUCAUGAGUUGUUAG